UUUAUGCAUAUACACAAUAUUUUUACACAAUAUAAUGUGUGUGAUGCAAGUCAUGUGAGUCACCCAAGAUGGUGGUGGGCAGGUCCAGGUGAGUUAAAAUCACAAUUUAAUAACACUAAAUGUUUUGUUUGGCACGAGGAGGAGGUUUGACCAACGCACUGGGUGUAAAUAUAAAAGUUCUAAGGUCACUGAGGUGUAGAGAAGUUGGAAGCAUAUCCACCUCUGUAUUUCUUUUUGUCGUCUAUGGUGACCAAAAGAAAUGGAUUAAUGAAACUUUCCUUAGCUUGGUAUAAAGCAAAAUGGACACUACAGAGAGUCCUGCAACACAACGACGAAAGGCGAAGCUGAUGUUUGGACUUAAAGGGAAGAAAAAGAAGAAGGCCCGAUCUGACUUGGUGCUGGCAAACAAGGCAGCUCUGGACAGUGAAGGGGAGGUCAGUUCGGAAGCAUCUCAGUUGUUGGAGGAAAAAAGCGAUGAGGAUCAACAUGGAGCCAUCAGAACCAGAUUUAUGCCCAACACAAAAAGGUCCAAACUCAAAACACGUAUUCAGGACAGUGAAGAGAAGCCACAGAGCUUCCAGAUUGCUAUUAACAUCACGGAGGCCAAGCAGCUUGUGGGUGAAAACAUCGACCCUAGUGUUAUAAUUGAGAUUGGCGACGAAAAGAAACAGACAACAGUCAAAGAGGGAACCAACACUCCUUUUUACAAUGAGUAUUUUGUAUUUGACUUCUUUGCCCACAAAGAGAUCUUCUUUGACAAAGUCAUCAGGCUGACGGUGAUGCAUUCCAAGAUGCUUAGGAGUUUCUGCAUCGGCUCAUUUAAGCUGGAUGUGUGGACAGUCUACAAACAACCAGGUCACCAAUUCAUCAACAAGUGGGCAAUGCUGACAGUCCCCGGUGACAUUAGCACGGGUUGCAAAGGUUACGUCAAGUGUGACGUUAGUGUCUCGGCAAAGGGAGAUGCCAUGCAACCCGGGAUUAAAGCCAGUGAUUCCGAGGAGCAAAUAGAAAAAAACCUCUUGAUACCAGAAGGAUUCACAUCGGAACGACCCUGGGCUCGUUUUUCUGUGAGGGUGUAUCGAGCCGAAGGUCUUCCUCGCAACAACUCAAGUAUCAUGGCCAAUGUCACCAAGGCUUUUAUUGGAGACAACACAGCGCUCAUUGACCCGUUUGUUGUUGUUAGCUUCUUCAAACAAAUGGGUCGCACCACCACACAGAAGUCCAAUGCAGAUCCAGUGUGGAAUGAACAGAUCGUCUUCACUGAGAUGUUUCCUCCUCUGUGCCAGAGGAUGAAGAUCCAGGUUUGGGAUGAAGGAAGCGUGAGUGACGUUGCCAUAGGAACCCAUUACUUUGACCUGAGGCGAAUCUCCAACGAGCAAGAUGGCGACAGAGGCUUUUUACCAACUUUUGGUCCCGCAUGGAUAAACUUGUAUGGCUCCGUCAGGAACUCUCUGGGUGAUGACACUGCCGAGCUUAACGAGGGCAUUGGACAGGGUGUCGCUUAUAGGGGACGUGUCUUUGUCGAGCUGACGGUGGAGAUCCUAUCAGGCGGUAUGGGCCCAGAGUCCAAAGUUGCUCGGAUGGUGAAACCUGUAAGGGAUGCAAAGGCGGUAAAGGCUGGAGGGAAGGACAGUAAGACCCCAGCAGGUGGAGGAGUAGGAGGGGGAGUAUCUGGAGGAGGUGCAGGCGAUGACGACAAAGGGAAAGCAGCGGCGGAGGUUCUUCCUGUGGAAUGUCCAACGACAAUCGAUUCUGAGAACAAAGAGCAUUUCUUGCUCUUCGGGGCCUUAUUUGAAGCCACCAUGAUUGACAGAAAGAUUGGAGACAAGCCUGUAACUUUUGAGUUCUCACUGGGUAAUUGCGGUAACAUACAAGAGCCUGUGAGCCAGCCCGGUCUGACUGCCCCAAGUCCUACCCUCAGCCGCAGGAGACAGCCACUGGACCUUCCAGAUAGGACCUCUCCUUCCUCCCCACUGUUACCCAGAGAAUCUCAAGACCCCAGCAGGAUCCCUAAGUCCACCACAUGUCCCCAGAAACCGCUCCCUGUCGAAGGAAACAGGUACUAUAUGCAUUUGCCUCUGGAGAAACAGAAGCCGUGCAUCAAUGUGUUGAGUCAAUGGGAGGACAGAACGUAUCGGCUAUACAACUCCAACAUGCUGGAGAACAUAGCAGCCUUGUUUGAGGAAGGAGUGACCGAGGCAGCUGAACUCCACAGGAAAUCGUAUCCCGGGGCCGAGCAGACACUAAAAACAACCGUCAAAGAUUUUUGCAUAGAUGCCAGGCGCUUCAUAGCAGCAGCAGAGGCCGAGUUGAAGGCUCAGUUAAAGUCCAAUUACCUGACGCAGCUGGACAAGAAACGCCUCUCGAUGUGCAAACAAGAACUGGAAAGUAUGGUUGGAGAUGCUCAGUCUCUAGUAGAGAGGAAGAGGAAGUCAGGCAGCAUGAAAGAAGUACUCCAGGAUGCAACAAAACUCACACAGAAACUACGCUUCCUAGUGGAGGAGCCUCAACACACCGUUCCAGACAUCUUUGUGUGGUUGUUGAGCAACAACAAACGCGUCGCACACGCUCGGCUCCCGGCCAGAGAUGUCGUCUUCUGCAGCAAUCGGGAAGCUCGAGGAGUUCACUGUGGAAAGAUAAUAACGCUCUUCCUCAAGCCGCCAGGGAAACGUGUGACUGGUUUUUCAGUGCAAGCCAAAGUAGAUGUGUAUUUGUGGUUUGGAUCUUGCGUGGACUCUGUUCACAUGCUGGAUGAGCUGCCAAAAGGCUUCAACGCUGUCACCGGGGGCGUUGACACUAACAGUCCCCCAACUCACCUGACAUGUACAGAGCAGCAUCAGUUCCAGUUAAGGUGUCACAUGUAUCAAGCGCGCGGGUUGAUUGCAGCCGACAACUCGGGCCUUUCUGACCCCUUUGCUCGGGUCACUUACCUGUCACAUAGCCAGACCACCAAUGUGAUCAAUCAGACUCUCAGCCCCACCUGGAAUCAGUGCUUGCAGAUGAGUCACAUCGUGCUCAGUGGAGAUCUUCAAUACAUCCAGCAGGAACCCCCGAGACUCGUCGUUGAAGUGUAUGAUGACGACGCCCUGGGCAAGGCGGAGUAUUUAGGGUCCACAGUGACUUUGCCUGAGGUCCGCCUUUUCUCGGAAUCCUACACGCCACCUACGCUGCAAUACAGCCCGCUCCACUUUGCCAGCCAAUCAGGAGGAGAGCUUCUGGCCGCCUUCGAACUGGUGCAGAUUGCCAUGUCUGGAGAGCUGAGUCUGCCUCCCUUAAAGGAACAGGAAGGCGGCAUCUACGAGGUGCCUGAAAACAUUAGACCUGUUCUUAGUACAUACAGACUAGAGGUGUUAUUUUGGGGUCUACGAGAGCUUAAGAAGGUUCAGUUACUGUCUGUUGAUCGCCCUCAGGUGUUCAUAGAAUGUGCUGGAAAAACAUUGCGUUCUUCUGUUAUUCAACGAUACAAGUCCAACCCCAACUUCACCACCCUGGUUGACAUCAUUGAGCUGGAGUUACCGGAGAACGAGCACCUCCACCCGCCGCUCAGCAUCACCGUUGUCGACUGGAGGGCUUUUGGUCGCAGCACGCUGGUUGGAAACCACGUCAUCAACAACCUGAUGACCUUUAAAUAUAUUGCUCCCCAAGCCCCACCUGCCUCCGCACAAAUGCACGCACCACCUGCAGUCAUGUUCACCCCAGAACCACAAAAAGCUGAGGAAUCUUUGCAGGAUGUUCCAGGGACUAGUUCCACAGUUGCGUCUACAACUCCCGACGUUCUUAUCACAGUUGAGGAGCCGACCCCCGAAAAGACAGAAAAGGCAGAACCCAGAAGGAAAAAGGAGGGCCACAAAAAGAGCACCCAUCGAUCCUCCAAGCGCAGAAGGCGGACCAUCGCAGACGAGUCAGCAGAGUGUGUCAUUGACUGGUGGUCCAAAUAUUAUGCGUCUGUAGAGAAACAGACCAAACAAACAGAAGGAUCGCCGUUCCCACAAAUCUUUGAAAAAACCUUGCCGUACCACACCUUGCUCAGCGAUGGAAUAGACUCUUUAGUGAACAGCUCAUCGGAUGGUAACAAGAAAAAGAAACAAAAGGGAAAAGGAACAUCAGAGCAAAACCUAAACUCUAGUCUCAGUCUGCCUACCAAACUGGCCACGCUGCAGCUUUACAGCAAGGAGCUGGAGGUAGAGUUCGGACCCUUUGACGACUGGGUCAACACAUACGAACUGUUCCGCGGAAAGGCCAGUGAGGAAGAGGGGUCGACAGAGGAGAGGUUCGUUGGCAAGUUCAAGGGGCGCUUCUGCUUGUAUAAGCUCACUGAAGAUGAGGAAGGCGAGUGGGAGGAAGACGAUGGACAUCUCAGAGUCAACAGAGGGAUUCCGCAGAACACCCCAGUUCAAGUCCUCAUUCGUGUUUACGUUGUCUCUGCAUCAAAUCUGCACCCGGCCGACCCGGACGGAAAGGCAGACCCUUACGUCGUCGUUCAACUUGGCAAGAAUGAAAUCAAAGACCGUGACAACUACAUCCCUAAACAACUGAACCCCGUCUUUGGAAGAUCAUUUGAGAUGCAGGCGACGUUUCCUCAGGAGUCUCUGCUGUCGGUGCUCAUCUAUGACUAUGACUUGGUGGGAGGGGAUGACCUGAUAGGGGAGACCCGGAUCGACUUGGAGAACCGCUUCUACAGUCGACACAGAGCCACCUGCGGACUUCCAACUGAGUACAGUCUCGAAGGUUACAACGCCUGGAGAGACUGUCUGAAACCAUCCGAGCUGCUGUCAAAGCUGUGCAGAGAAAACAACGUGGACGGCCCUCACUUCAGACCAGGACGCGUCAUCGUGGCUGACCAAGUCUUCACCGGCAAGACGCUCUUCAUGCAUGAAGACGAAGAACCGGUAGAGUCCUAUGAGCACUUGUCUCUGAAGAUUCUGCACCGUUGGGCCGAGAUCCCGACCGUCGGGUGCAAGCUGGUACCGGAACACAUUGAGACCAGAACGCUGUUUCACAAGGCUCGGCCCGGAAUGGAUCAGGGUCAGGUCCAGAUGUGGGUGGACAUUUUUCCCAUGGACCUGCCUCAUCCUGGUCCCCCAGUGGAUAUUUCCCCUCGCAAACCCAAGGGGUAUGAGCUGCGCGUCAUCAUCUGGAACACGGAGGAUGUCAUUCUGGAGGACAGCAACUUUCUGACUGGUCAGAAGUCCAGCGAUAUUUAUAUCAAAGGUUGGCUGAAAGGUUUGGAGGACGACCGCCAGGAGACUGACGUCCAUUACAAUUCUCUGACAGGGGAAGGAAAUUUCAACUGGCGUUUUGUUUUCCCCUUCAGCUACUUGCCGGCUGAGAAGGUUUUGGUGGUGAAGAAGCGAGACAACAUCUUCUCCCUUGACAAAACUGAACAGAAGCUGCCCGCUAUCCUAAGUCUCCAGGUGUGGGAUUUUGAAACGCUCUCUUCCGACGACUUCCUCGGCACGGUGGAGUUAGACCUCCACGGUUUUCCGCGCGGAGCAAAAACAGCCAAAUCGUGUAAAAUGGACAUCUUCACGGAUGGGACAGAGAGGAUCUCCAUCUUCCAACAGAAGAGGUCCAGAGGCUGGUGGCCUUUCAACAAGUCUGGAGAAUUGACGGGGAAAGUGGAGGCAGAGUUUCACCUUGUGACAUUUGAAGAGGCUGAGAAGAACCCGGUGGGGCGAGCCCGCAAGGAACCAGAACCGCUGCCCAAACCCAACCGUCCCGACACCUCCUUUUCAUGGUUCGUCAACCCCUUCAAGUGUUUCUUCCACCUGGUGUGGCGGAACUAUAAGAAGUACAUCAUCAUCGCUUUGCUGCUGCUCAUCACAGUGCUCUUCCUGGUCCUGUUGUUCUACACACUACCUGGCGCCAUAUCCCAAAAGAUAGUCAAUGGGUAAUGUACACGCGGCAAAUGAAAAUGGCUUUAAACUUUAAAUUUAACUGAAGAUCACAUUCAUAGAAAUUUAUUGCCCCCUACAUGCGCACAGAGAAAAAAAAAUAGCAGGUUUUUGAAAAUCCACUUUUAUUUAAAUUAUGUAUUAAUGUUUUUAUUGUUAGAAUAAAAUGUUUACUAUUUGUGGGGGUAAACACUUUGUCUUUUCCGUUAUCACAAAAGAUCAUAAUUAAUCAAGAAAUAUUUUGACAAAAAACACAUGCAAGUUUCUUGUACACAGUACAUUUUAAUCGGAACAAGUCCACGUCAUACACAAAACAGCUAAUAUGUUAAACCUAUACACAGGAGGGUUGGUUUUCAGAACAUUUAAUCCAUUUUGUUUAAUCUACUUUACAGUCAGUGUGUGCAGCAGAUAACUGAAGUUCGACAUGCUCGCUAAAGCACAGGUGUCAAACUCAAAUAAAUAAAUUGAAAAGUAUUGAAAAAAAAAACGGUUUUAACAAAAAACACAACAUUAAUUAUUGACGUUUUAAAUUCAACUCUAACGCCCAUCCCGAGACCAGUUCUCUUUUUGAAGAUUUGUAUUCAGUGCAACAGGAUACAAAUGGCAUUCAGAGUCUAAACUACACAUAGUGAAGCGGUGUCAUUGCUCAGCAAACAACGGUAGCUCGGCCUUGAUUCUCACGUGUUGACGUUAGCGUCCGUCAGAGACGUGCUCUGCUGCAAUAUGUUAACCUGCAGGUAAGAGGCCAAUGAAUGCUUCGACGGGAUCAACUAGUGCUGAUCGACCUGCGUGGCCAUAUUAGGGCCCCUCGGGCAACGGUGGGAGGACGACGACGGGGCGACGAAUGGGAAGUUUUGUGACUGCGAAGUUUGUGACUACGUUAUUGCGAGGACUGGAAGUGGGUGCUGAAAAGAGAACACAAAGAUUAUAGAAGUUGAACUUUCUGGAUUAACCUAAAAUGCAGUUACCUUUACAGAUGAAUAUAAUUAGGCUUUGCACAUAAGUUGAGUUUGAUGUGGCCUAUAUGACAGAUCUGUCCGCUCAUUCGUAUCGAAACAGUUCUCAUCGCCAAAAUGUACGUAACUAGAGGCAAAAAUUUGUGCGGAAUCUGGUUUCCACAUGGAACAUAUUGGAGAAGAUACUCGGGAAAGUUAACUGCAUGGGGCAACGAGUUCCCCUUUUCCCCGAUGUCAGCUGGAAUAGGCUCCAGCACCCCCACUCCUCACCCCACUUGUAGAAAAGCUCUAAAUCCAUCUUACCACAAGAUACUUUGUGUUGCUGAGGACUACUGACAGGGAAACCAUCCUGGGAAAGAGCCACUGGGCCACCUUGAGUCUGGAAAUGAGCACAUUCUUCAUGGGAAGGAGGCAAGUAUGCAGGAUGCACACUUGUACUGGGGGGGGUGUAAUCACCACCCACCUGAACCUGGUUGAGACAAGCCUGCAGUUUCCGCUUUGCCCUCCAUUUGGCCACCCUCAGUCUGGUCUUUUCUCGCCGCUCCCGUACCUAAAGGUGAAGAAUCACCUCAGUGAUUCCCAACCGCAUGUUGCAGAAGUCUCAUGGUAUUUCACUCACCAGAUCGGCCAGCAGAGGCUGAGGCAGUGUUUUUUCCAGCUCUCGCCGUCGAUUGAGACUUCGCCGCCGUAGCUCGUUGCGCCGCAGUUUGUACUCUUCGUACAAACUUAAGUCCCGCACCAUCUGCCGUGGAGCACCCGGUGGCAGCGGGGCAUUGGCGGGAAAAGCUGUCUGAGGCAUGGCAACUAGAAGAUGCCCAAAUAUGACGUGUCAACAAGGAAGUGACAUGCUAUCUUACAGAAGGUACUCACAGGAAGAGCUUGGUCCAGCUGAGCUGAAACCCGAGGAACAUUUUCUCUGGCCGGCCUGAAGUCCUGACCAAUGCGUGCCAGACAUCGGAACCUGAAGACAAGAACAACACUGACACUGAACUAUAACAUCGCAACAGCAAAGACCUUAAGAUGGCCAGGGUUGACCUCUCAACUUGUGGUGGCCCAUGAGGGGAUGGAGGGCUGGUGGCAGAAUGCUGGCCAGCGUCAGAAGUUGUGAAAGGAGGCAGGGUCACUGCAGCAUCAGUGGCAUCCAAGCUUGGAUGCACGGUGACAUUCCAGCUGCCCUCCUGACCUCCACCGCCUGUGCUCAGAGGAACAUCUUGGUCCAUGUGACAGAGCAGAGCUGCACACACACAAACUGAUGUUCAAAAUGCCACUCAAGGUAGGAUUGUGCUGAUGCUGACUCAAAGAUCUGCCUAACCGGAACUCUCCAGGCAUUCUGUGCUCAUGGGGAGCGAGACCGCCAACACACAGUCGGUCGGUUCAGAACUAACCACUUGCACGUCUGGUUGACUGCAUGAUCUGAUGUAACGCUGAUUCAUGCACUGUGGAGAUUCUGUGAGCAAAAAAAUAAAGGGAUAAGGGAUUAAUUAAGCCAUGAGUUAAUUUACUUUUGUUUUUUGUAGCAGCCCUACUGCAUACGUGGUGUUGUGGGAUUUAUGCAUAGAAGAUUUAUUUUUGUUUCCUUAACAGGUCCUUUUUAAUCCGUAUUAGGUCCUCGAAGGAUUUACCUCUGUUGCUUGAUGGCAGAUCAUCAGCUGUGGAUGUCUGAGAGGAGCACGAAGGUGAAGCUCCUGCAGAGGAGCCACCUGCCUGUGCCGAAGUGCAUUUGGGCUGAUAGCUUCGUACCAGCGAGGUGCUGGAAGCUCGGUGUUGCAGCUCCUCCUCAACGCCCUGCCUCGUCAACACGUCGCGCUUCAUGAGUGCCAGCUGUGCCUUCAGCUCCUCAAAUUUCACUCCCACUACCUUCAGCAUCUCGGCCAAGACUGUCUCCACGGCUCCGUUCACCGCCUGCUCCACCACGGUGCCCAUCUGGCCUCGUAUCAGAGAGACGGCAAUGCUGACAUCCAUCUCAGCACACCGUUGAAUUUGACCUGGAGAGACAGGUUUAUCUUGGUAAACUCUGGUACUCCUACCUGCACAUAACUCGCAGCAAAAGACACUGAAUUAUAAAUUACAAUUAACCUAUACUAAUGUAUACAAUCCAAUGCAUUCAGUGGGCUGCAAAAACGUCUACACAACAAAAAAAACAACCCAUUAUUAUUGCAAGCAAUCAAUCAAUCAAUCAAUAAAAAACGGCCUACAUGUCUACUCGA